AUGUCGGAACAUGGUUGUCCAGUUAAAAGAAUACGUUUAGAUUCCUCAACUUCAAAAUCAGGUGACUUACCUGAGGAUGACAGUUAUUCAGUAUUAUCAUUAAGUGAUGACGAUGUUUCAAACGUUUCUAGUCAAGAAAAUUCGACCGAUUAUACUAGAGAUUCUGAACUUGGAAAUUCUGGAGUUGAUAUUGAUACACCUGGUCAGAGGAAUCUUACAGCACUUCAUUUGGCUAUUAAUAACAAAUAUUUACCUGGUAUCAAGUGUUUAUUAGAGUAUGGAGCUAGUAUAUCAGCUACGGGUGAGGCUUAUCAUAUUAAUAAUCAUGGCGAUACUCCAUUACACGUUGCAGUGAAAGAAGAUCGCCUGGACAUUGUUAAAAUGCUUUUUACAAUCCAGGUAGACAUAAAUAAAUUGAUGAAAAAUUAUGACAAAGUUUUAAGUCAUGCUUUGAAACGUAGAAAUUAUAAAAUUAUUAAAUGUUUGGCUGGAUUUUCUGUUCAUGAGAACGAUAAUUUGAAAAGGAGAGCGUUUAAUCUAUUCUCUAGGCAAAAAUUACGAAUGAUGGGCUACAAUGAUAAUGUAAUUGAUUCAUUAUUUGAAAAAUAUAUCGUAGUAAAUUCAAAAAAUCAUGGAACACCUUUGCUUCUAGCUGUUGAAAAUAGAAAUUUGGAUAUGAUUGAAUUUUUAUUAGAAAACGGUUCCGAUAUUAAUGCUAUAGCAUUUACUAUCGUUAUAAACAUGCUCUUGUUAAAAAAAGAGGAUUGUGAUUUCAAUUUCAAAGAAAAUGAUUAUUCUCUCACGCCGCUUGAAGUGGCUGCAGCGAGCAACAACUUAAAGAUCGUUCAGAAGCUAGUUGAUAAAAUAUUUCAGCAUGAUGGGUAUGGUACAGAUAAGUUUAAACAUGUACUAAAAACUUUUCACAUAGCUAUCAAAGAAAAUUUUGUUGAGAUAACCAAGUAUUUUUUGGAUACGAAUGGUGAAAGUGCAUUAGGAACAGCUAUUUACGCUAAUCAAGUGGGUAUGGCUGAGCUUUUGCUUAAUAGCGGAGCAAAUAUUAAUUAUUACUCUGAGUACGUCGAUAGAGGAUUUAAUCGGGAAGAUCCUCCAUUAUAUUGUGCGGUACAAAGAGGAAGCAUCAUGAUGGUGGAUUUACUUUUAAGCAGAGGUGCUCGUAUUAAUGAAGAAAAAUUCACUAAAACAACGAUAUUACAUUUGGCAGUUUCUUCAAAGAAUAAUGAGAUAGUAAAACGUGUAUUGGAUCUUGGUGUCGAUGUACAUUGUAAAAGAGAAAUAUACCCUUAUGAUAAUGUGUCACCGCUACUUCUGGCUAUUCAUCUGAUUGCAAAGGAAAUUGUUUUGAUGUUAAUUGAAAACGGUUCUAAUAUAACUGAUAAGGCCACAAUAAAAGGUAAAUGUGUAUCUGUCAUUGACAUUGCUCUUAAGCGUGGUAAUAAUUUUUUGAUAAUGUUAUUAAACUUAGGCGCGGAUAUUGAUGAUGCAACUAUUAAUGAUUCUAAACUACCUCAGAAUACGUUGAAGAUACUUGAGCGGCAUAUACUUAAAUUAAAGGCCGCUAGAUUAUUUGUUGAUCAUAAAUUUGAUGCUUGGAUUAGUCGAGCAAUGGAAGAAAACCGAUUUUACAAAAAAUGUAGAAAAGAAGUUAAAAAAAUGAAAGAAGAAAAGUUUUACCAAUGCACAUUAACAAUGCCUGCCAAAUUAUUUGUAAAUGAAAAAUUAAAUGGCUGGAUCAGUCGCGGACCGACAAAACAAGAAUUUUUCAAUAAAUGUAAAAAAGAAGUUAAAAAAAUGCAAAAAGAAAAAAUCAAUCAGACGAGUAGCUUUUGUUAUUUUGAUUUGUUGAAUGAGAAGGCCAGUGCGGUAGCGGAGUUUGUAGAGACUACUUCUCUGGUUUCGGAGUUUUAUAACUCUCUGGUUGGAUUUCCGUUGUAUGGAGAAAUGUUGACUUGUCAUUUCGAAAAAGCACAGCAGUCUAAUAGAAAUGUAUUCAAGAAUAAAUAG